UGUUCGCUGUGCUCUCAGCGGCAAGAAGAAGCAUCAAAACAAAGAAAAUAUUGAAAAUAAGUAUCAAUUUCACGCUAGCAAAUAAACAAAAUGCGAUGAAUGCGUAAUUAAUUAGAGCACAAUUAACGCCACACAAUGGACAAGUCCAGCGCUUACGAGAAAUUCAUUAGCCAUGUGGACCAGCUGCGUAACACGGAAUGCAGCCAAAAGCAAAAGAUUGCCUGCUUUCAGCAAAUUGCUGAAUGCAUUAUGUCAAAGGCUUUGGCCAGCCACAUCAAUUACGCCGCACACUGUGGCACGGCCACCAAUGUGUUGUUGCUAUUUUGCGAGGACUUCGACUCGGUGGUGCGCAUGAGCGCCGAGGAGAAUCUGAACAAAAUCUUUCGCGCUUUGGAAAAGACGCGAGUCAGCCGCAUUCUGAUGGAUUUAUAUGGUGAGAUCAAGCGGAAUGGCAAUCAGCGAUCGCUACGCAUUUGCCUAAAUUUGUUUUCGUACUAUGCGCCGCAAAUCAAGGAGAAACACAUCAAAUGGUACGCUGUGCGCCUGCUGCAGUGCAUAUCCGUUAUGUCGCAGCGCAAGGAGACGCUGCUGCAGGAGACGCUCUCUGAUUUUGUCAAGAAUUUUGGACGCUACGUGCAGCAGGGCCUCAAUGAUAGCGAAACGUGCAAACUCUUUGAGACAUUCCUUGGCAACAUCAGCUCGGAUUGCGCAGUGAAGCGUCGUUGCUCGGCACAAAAUUGCAUCAGUUUGAUUGAGCAUGCGCGCAAUAGAAGUCUCAUGGCCAGGCAUGGACUAAGCAAAGUGAUUGAAAUGCUGCUAAUGGAUCAACAGACGAGUUGCGUGCUGGGCGCCUUGGGUUUCCUGCGUCUGCUGUUGCCGCAGCUGAUACGCGGCUACGCUGCUGAUUGCCCGGACGAUGGCGACUCCUUGGCGGCUGCUGGACCGCAGCAGCAGCGGCAACAACAACAACACGCUGCCGCAUCCGAUUGCCGGCAAAUUAUUGAAAUUUAUGAUUAUUGUUUGCACCUGCUGAGCACGCAGCACACAACGAAUCACGCCAUCAUAAAUGCCGCACUCGAGGUCAUCAAUGGCAUACUCCAGGCACUGCACGAUGCUCCAGGAGCUGUUGUACAGGCGGCGGGCCCAGCUGGUGCCGGUGCCGGUGCCGGUGGACUGGCGCAAAGUUUGCGCCAACUGCUGUGCAAUCAACAACUGGAGCACAAUGAGUAUUUGCGGCGAAGGAAAUCAUUAAAAAAUCAAAUAUUCCAAUUGAGAAAUUACGAAGUGGGCACAAGCCAAUGGGAGGAGUUGCCUGGCGGGGCAAUGCCAAUGCAAAUGCAAAUGGCAAAGAAUUCAAAUGCCAAACUGCAGCAGCAAAAGUGUCAACAGCAACAACAACAGCAGCAACAUCAACUGCAGAUUGGCAUGAGCUCGCUGCAAGUCGUGGGAAUUAAUGCCAUGGCUGAUGAUGCUGACACCGAGAAAGAUGCUGAAGCGAGUUCCGCUGCUGAUGAAGCAAAGAAAUCAUCGCGACAACACAUUAGAAAUGCAGCACGAAGCAUAAGCGAAUGCGUGGCGAGCAGCGCAUCAGACGAGGACGAACAACAGCCAGCUGGAGAUAAUGAUGAUGUUAACGCUAAUGCUAAUGCUGGUACUGCUGCUGCUGUUGCUGCUGCUGAUGAUGAUGAUGGUGAUGAUGAUAUGGAGCUGCUAAGUGCCGCUGCGGACGAUGACUACGAGGGCUUCACAACGCUGUCACAACUAAAUGAAACACAACCAACUGUGUCAGAUGCAUUGAAAAUGCCAAAUAUCACAGCUACUGAUGCAGCAGGAGCAUCAGGAGAUGUGCAUGUUGCAUCCAUGGCUAAACCUCAGGCCGUGCAGCAUCAGUCAUCGAUGCAGAAUUUACUUGCCAGCGAUGACAGAUCUCAGCAUUUGAGUGACAUCGACAAUGAAUCCUUCAACAGCAUCGAUUUCGAUGCGGAAAUAACAAUUGCUGGCAUCAGAGAGCAACAGACAGAUGCAACAGCAACAGCAACAGCAACAACAAUAUCAACUGCUGCAACAACAGGAACGAACGAGUCAGCGGAGUCAAUGCCAGAUGCAACAACAAUUGGCACAUUCUUCAACAAUUUGCUGUCCCAUUCAAAUGCAGCGUCGGAGUCGGUCAGUAAGCUCUUUCGUCAAUCAAACGGCCCCAAAUCCACGCCGGCCAAGCUGGCGCCAACCACUGAUAAAUCGGAUGCUGCAUCGACGGCUUCGCUAACGCUCUCGUUGAGCUCGUUAGCCAGCAGCAGUGCGGCCGGGCCGCAGGAGCGUCAGCCCUCAAUAACAGAGACGCCCACGCCGGUGGAGGAGACUACAGGCUCGGGCAGUGGCUCGUAUACGGCAUCCACGGCGCUGCUGAUGGAUGCACCAGAUACUGGAGCAGCGGCAGCGGCAGCUGACGGAGACUCUGAAGCGGAACCGCAGCUACGUCGAACACCCAACGCUAAUCCCUUUCUGGCGGAGAGCUCACCGCUCAAGCAAACGGUAUCGGGUCAUGCUCUAAUCAGCGUGAGAAUUGGCAGCAUUCUGGAGCAAUCCUUGGUUUACUACACAGCCCGCCUGCUCGCUGCACGUUUCCUGCUAAGCGGCCAGGCCUCAGGUCUGCAGCCGGACACAAUAAGCCGUGUGUCCAUCAAGAGUCUAUCGCUGGCAGUGAUUGCGCAAUGUGUGCGACUGGCGCCACGCGUCCUCCAGUUGUCGCUGGAGAUCAGCGAGCAGGAGCUACAGCUGCUCGCCCAAAUUAGCGCUAAUAGCACUCAGGUUUCCAGUCCGCAGAGCAGCAACGAGUCACAGCGGAGCACGGAGCCGUGCCAAUCAAUGACGGGAUCACUGCUGGAGCCAGUCGUGGACAUUGAGGAGAAUCUGCUGCUGCUGGAAAUCAAGGAUGACCAUUUUGGCCCCAGCACCUGCCCUGCGUAUCUGCAGCAGUCGCCGACCCUGAGUCGCAGCGCUGAUGCCACGCUGUUGCAGUCGCAGUUGGAGAAGAGGCGCCAGUCGAAUUCGCAGCAGCUGAAUGCGCCCGAGAGUCAUCUCUCCAGAUCAGAGAUCAUUGGCACUUCGUAUCGCAUCACAGUUGCGGCAGAGGAUGCGCCGCCCUUGGCGCUGCCGCCGGUGCCGCCCAAGCGCACCAAAUCCAUGCGCAGUCGCGCCAGCUGCACAGCCACAGCCACGACCACGCCCACAACAAGCGCCGGUGGUCAAGCGCUGGCCGAUGUGCUGCUCUUCCAUGAACAUUCUGAUCCCAUGUUGCGUGGCGGCGUCCAGCAAAUAGUGGGCAGCUUUGUGCAGGCGAGCGGCGCCGGGCGCUGCUUGCAGCUGCAGCCUGGACUGGGCCUGGCGCAUUUGCUGGCCAUUUUGCUGAAGGGCUUUGAGGACGAGAUACACACAGUGGUCAUACAAGCGUUGAAUGCAUUCGAUAAGAUAUUUCCGCAUGUGGUGUCCAAAUAUUUGACAGGGCCGCCAUGUCAUUAUCAUGCUCAUCAGAAGCGACAGCAGUUGCAGCAGCCAAGUGGACAACAAAAGGGUCCCGGCCAGGCCCAAACAUUUGGCCAACAAACUUUUCCAAAGAAUCUGGAUAAUGCCUUAAGCAGUCAGCAGCAGCAGCAGCAGCACCAGCACCAGCACCAUAACCGGCAGGAGCAGGAGCAGCAACAAUGGCACUCUAACGAUGACAACUCGAGGGCAGAUGAGACCAGGAUGUGUGCCAGGUCGUCAGCCACUGAUAAUGAUGAGCUGCUAGCUGCUCUUUUGAAUGAUUUUCAAUUGCAAUCGAAACGCUUGCAGCAGCAGCAGCAGCAGCAGCAGCAGCAUCAGCAAAACUCCAGCAACAACAACAACAGCAUUGCCCCAUAUAAUGAGCCUGGCCCCUGCUGUGUGUUUGCCAUUUCACCGAAAUUGCUCUUGAACAAACUUCGCUUGUGUCGUCACAAUAAAUACUGGUUGGUCCAGAAUAAAUAUGCCGAAGUUAUUUCCAAUUUAAAUUACGUACUGCUACGCUCCUACUACGCAAAUUUCGAUUGUGCCUUUGACAACAACAACAACGGCUAUGAUAUGGAAUUGGAGUCGAAAAAUCAUUGUGCAGCCUCCUCCGUUGGAUGUAACUGGAAAAUGGCUGCUAGCGGCAAGGACAUUGUCUGUACUUAUGAGGCUCAAUUCCUGGACGAACUUAUGCAGCUGCUGGGCGACGAUGAUGCCCGUGUAAGGGAGCAGGCCGCCCACAGUCUGUGCCGCUUUAUAAUGCAAACAGCGCGCCAACAGGAGCUAACAACAGCAGCAACAGCAACAGCAACAGCAACAGCAAUACGAAUUGAGGAAGGCAACAUGAAUGCUGAAACUCAACAAACUAAUUUCAAUUUGCUUUGGGAUUUUUUCGACUAUCGCAUAUUUGGCAGCAUGUCCGUGACGUUGCGUAAUUUAUUCCGGGCUAGCUCAGCGAUUGCCUCGCCAAUGGCAGCCCUGGAUGCCGGAGGGCACGGUCACGGGCCGUAUGCUGCCACCGCAGAAGCUGUUGUUGGUGUUGGCGGCGGUGGGAGUGGCGGUGGUGGCGGCACAGCGAUUGGUUUGGGCGGUUCUGCCGGUGGUGCAGCCGCUGCGGCGUCGGCCUACUUUGAUGGCAGUUACGGUGACGGCCAUGUUUUUGCCUUUGGAUUUCAACGUCAAAUUGCGCAAGAGGAAAAAGUUUUGGCCAAAGUUUUGUAUCGCAUGACAAAUAAAUUGAUGACGCUCAAUGAUAAAAAUUUGCAGUUUGGCAUAAUUAACGCGCUGCGGCUGCUGCUAAAGCACUUCAAUUUUGUGGACUAUCAACAGGCCUGGACAGAAUUUAAUUUUAUUGAAAUCUGCAUGAGUUACGCGUAUUACAACAGUGCAACAGCUGGUGACUUGAAUUGCCAGAACGAUUUGAUUGAUGUGAUGGCCAAAUUAAUAGCAGGCGGCAUGUUGAGCACGGGCGAGGCGCCACCCGCUGGCCAGCUGGAAUUUCUGCUGCGUCACUGCGUCAAGCUGCUCAACAUUUACUAUCAUCUGGUGGGCAAUCAGCGCCCAGCGCAGCCGAGCGGCAGUAGCAGCAGCAGCGUAGGAGGCAGCAGCAGCAGCAGCGCAGGAGGUGGCAGCACCACCGGCAAGCCACCCAAGGCGGGCAAGAGCGAGCUCUUCUCGCUGAGCGGCGUUGGCAGAGAGUCGCAGGCGACGCUGCAGGCGAUGGGUUACUUUGCCAGCGAUUACGUUUACAUGAAACUUUACAACAUUUUAAGAGGUGCUAAUGACAGCUACAAGAUAACCAUAAAUCAGGAUGCUGGCGGCUUAUUAAUUUGCCUGCUGAAGAGUUGCCUCAACGCGCUCAGCCUCUGCCUGGAGGCAUCAAUGCCACCGCCGCUGCCUGCAACGGCAACGGCAACAUCAACGGCAUCGGCAACGGCAAAUGCCCCGGCUCUGAAAUUAAUUGAAGAAAUACUACAGUAUUUGACCAGGCUCAUAAAUUAUGCGCCCGGCGAGUGUGUUGGCUGUCUGCGGCAACUGUUGAAAUAUUUAUUUGGCCAAAAUUAUGCCAGCCAAGUGCAGCAGCAGCCCCACGGAUACCAUGCCACAUUUGUGCGUCCCUACUUUGUGGCCAAGCACGAUGCCAGCGGCGCAUCCACAUUGUUGCCACCAGCAGCCGUAGGCUCGACAGCGGCAGCAACAGCAGGAGCUACAGCAACAAUGCAACAACUAACUGCAACACAGGCAACACUGGGCGCUCUAUUCAUGCGGGGCAUGCAGCCGGAUACGCCGCCAGCGGCUGACUGCGUCCGGCUUAUAAAGCUUUUCGAGCCGCUGGUCAUCUACUGUUUGACGCUCUUCAUGAAGUCCAAUGCGCUCAUACAGGCGCCCAUAUUGAAGUUGCUAUCGCAGCUGCUGGACCUAAAUGUUACCUACAGCAUUUUAGACUCAAAGAGCGUCAUUUUUGAGCAAAUACUAAACAGUUUGGACCUAAUUGAAAAUGGCAUCGACAGAAAUGCCGGCAUUAUAGUGCCCGUUAUGCUGAAGUUUCUCAUGCAGCUGACCCAUAAGAGCGACCGUCCGCUGAUAACCAUACCGAAGAUCAUAAGCGUGACCAACAAUCUGUUGGCCAAUGGAGCAGUGCGGGAUGUGGCGCUGUUGGCGCUCAAAACGCUCAGCUACGAAUUGUUCUUUAUGCACAGCCCCCUCGAUGAGGACGAGCAACAGCAACUGCAACAGCAACAGCAGAGAGGCAGCUGCCAAAGUCCAUUAACGGCGGUCGCUACGCAGGACACAAAGGAGGCGCUGCUGGCGCAACGGCGCGAGCUGGACACACAGAAGGAAGUUGUGCUGGGCAUGUUGGAGAAGUUUGUUGAUGCGCGAGUUGUGCAACAAUUGCUGGCGCUGUUGCUGCUGUACGAGCGGAGCCUGCAACAGCUGGACGCGCCGAAAUAUCUAAGCGCACAGGAUGCGAACGUCCUUUAUGGCUUACUGUGUCGCUCGCUGGCCACCGGACAGCUGCGCCUGCACACAUUCGCUGAUCUGCGGCUGUUGGAGAGCUGUUUUCGCAACAAUGGCAGCUAUGUGCUGGCUGACAGCAAGGAAUUUCUGCAAUUGCUGCAGCUCUUCAUCGAACAGGACGUUGGCAACUUUGGUGAUUUAGCGCUGGCAAUGAUUACGCUGGCAAAUGUAAUUCUGAAAACCGAAGAAAUUUAUCUGGUGAAUCACAUAAAACUUUAUUUGAAAAAUAAUCCUCAGGCCGAGCAGGCCGCAGCAGCAGCGGCAGCAACAGCAGCAGCAACAACAACAACAACAGCAGCAGCCACACACUGGCAGGAUGAAGCACCUUCGACAUCUUCGGCAGCCGCUGCCGCCAGAGCCAGCGCCGCCGCCUCCACACGAGCCACGCCCCGUCCCGCCAUAAGCGAAAUUAACUACUUUGCGAAAGUUUUGAGCGAGAAGCUGUUGGGCUGCCUGGAUGCGCUAUUGGCCCUGGGCACUGGCUGCGACUUGGGCUCGAGCCCGGCCAGCCUCGCCUAUUGCCAGCUGGCUGGGCGAUUCGUUAACGCGCUGCACAAUGUUUGCUGUCGCUCACGGCACAAGGAUGCGCUGCAAUCAGUUUUUCGUUUGGUUUUGGCCGAAUCCGAGCUCCUCUGCAAAUACUACAAUCUGCUCCUGAUGAGCGCCGCCGGCGGGGAUGCCCUGGAGCCCGUGCUGCUCGGCUGCCAGCAGCUGAUGCUGUCCAUGCGGCUGCUGGAGCCCAUGGUGCUGCUGGAUCAAGCAGCCGAGCUGCCGCUAAAGUGGAGCCUGCAGCGCGCCAUGUUGAGCGAAGUUUGCCGUAGCACUGCGGCAAUGGAUUGGAGUCCGCAACAAGUGCGUCGCCUGUGCGCCGGCAAGUAUCUGAAUUUCCUAAUUGCUGACCACUUGGAAUUCCUUUGCGAGCUCUGCCAAGUGCGUCCCGAGUGCGGCUCAUUACUGCUGGCAGCGCUGGUCCGUCAGGCGCACAACUUGAACAAACACUCGAUACGCAGCACCUUGCGCCUGUUGAACUACAUUUGCGUACCGCAACAGCAGGAGGAGGAAGAUGUGGAUGUGGCGACUACCACACUGCACUCCCUGCAGCUGCUUAGUCGGCUACAUCAGCUACACGACGGCCAGCGAGCACUGCAGCUGCCCAUGGAGCGGCUCUCCCGACGACUGACGGCCCAGAGCAGCCCGGCCAUCAGGAACAGCAUCUACGAGCAGCUGGUGCAGGGCGAGCUGGCAGGAGGCGACGACCAGGACGAGCUGCGCACUAUGCUGCUGAAGGACCUGGAGUGCCCACAGGACAAUAGUCCGGCUGCAGCAGCGCCGCGCAUAAUUGAUGAGAGCUGGCUCUUUGGUCAGCUAAUCAAAUUUGCCACGCAGCACGCUGAUGCGCCGCAGCAGCAGCAGCAGCUGAUGCGGCUGCUGCUCGAGAUUCCAUCGGAGGCCAAGCUGCAGCGUGUGCUGCGCAGCCUGGGCCCCGCGCAGGAAGCGCGCCUGCUGCGACACGCCCUCGACGGCGCCCUCUCCUCGAUGGUGGUCAGCUUCAGGCAGAAGUGCAUCCAGCAUGCGCCACACAUCAACUACAUGCAAUUGCCGCCCUUGGCGCGUGUGGCCUGUGCAUCGCUGAUGACGCGCCUGGCCCAGCCGCCGACGCAGCUGGCUGUGGGCAGUGCCGAGCAAUUGGAUGUGGCCCGGGCGCUGACCGCGCUGCUGUUGUCCAUUCAACGCCUCGAGCAAACGGCGCUCAUUUACAUCGAUGCCAAGCACAUUGAAAAGUUUGUGGCCGAGCACUUGCUGCGCGCUGAGCAGCUGCCCGUGCUGCUGACCUAUGGGCGUGGCCUGGCCAGCGUGGCCCUGCAACUACUGGAAGCUGUUAGCGAUCCGGAUGAUGGUCUGUGCGUGCUGCUGGGCUGCCUGGACGCCCUGUUGCAGCAGCCACGCAUCUGGUGGACGCUCAAUGCCAGUGCAAAUGAGUUGCGUGUGGAGCUGCUGCAAGUGCCGGUGCGCGUCGCUUGCCACAUGCUGCAGGAUACAAUUUUCUAUCAACGGCAUCGUCUGCACAGCACCGAGCCGGCACCGCAAGCCAUUUUCCUGGCCAAAUUGAUUGAAACGCAAAUUGAUAUGGAAUCCAUGCUGCAGGCCGAAAACGAGAAUAUUCGCUCGCCUUUCGCCGGCCAUGAGCUGGCGCCGCUGCAAGUGCCGCUGCCGCUUAUCGCCUCCAUUGGCACCUCGCUGCUGCGCACACAUCAGUUUUACGCCUACGCAGUGACACCUUACGAGCUCGUCCAGCAGCAGCAGCAGGAGCAGCAGCAGCAGCAGGAGCAGCAGUCGGCAACGGCUGCUGGCGGCAAUGGCAAGCUGCCCACAAUACCAGUGGAUAGCCUGAGUGAUGUGGAUGUGCUGCGUCAGUUUGUGAAGCGGCUCUCCAUAUUUGGCUAUACAACGCGGCAGCAGUUCGAGGAAUACUUCAUGACAUUCCUGCUGCUGAUCAACAAGGUGUACGAUGAGCACAUGGUCGAUCAACAGGAACAGUUCCAGAUCAAGCAGGUCUGCCUGCAGGCCAUCAUGGAGCUGCUGUCAACCUACAAAACUUUCCCCAUUGCCGGCCAUGGCAACAGCCACUUCUAUCACACGACACGCUGGCAGCGCAUCAAUUGUGACAGCAUUAGCUUGAAGAAACUGCACAAGGUGCAGCUGCUGGUGGAUGCGACGUGCAACGUAUUCUACUUAGCCAAUCUGGAGCGGCAGCCGAGGGUGGACAAUGUGAUUGGCACACGCAACCUUGCGGCCAAUCAAUGCGAUCUCAACUUCUGCUGGGCUCUAAUGGAGGCGUACGCACAGGCGCCCCCAUACGGCGGCGAUGUGGCCGGCGAUGAGGCGGACGUGGCUGGCAGUGAGGCGGGCAAGCAGCGGCUAUCGAUGUGGAGCAACAACAGCGUGACUGACGUCAACUGGCGCAACUAUCGGCAUUUUGUGCAACUGUCUGGCAUCGACAUACGGAGCAGCACACAGUUGGUCUUUGACGUGCUGCAGCAGAUGAUCGAGCUGAAUCACGUCCUAGUGCUGCCCAAUCUGGUCAAGUUCUGUGAAAUUUGCGAGAGUCGUGAUCAAAUCAAAUGGAUUAAGGACCGCACACUGCGACUGCAGGACCAAAUCGCCAUGGAUGACACCAUAUCGCAUGAGCACAUCAUCUACUUGCUGUGCCGCACGCAGGCCCUGCUGAUACCCAGCCAUGGUGAGCUGCAGCACUUGGCGGCGCUGAUUGGGAACGUCUAUUUGAAGAGCUCGCAUUGCUUCAUACGGAUUGCGGCGCUCCAGGGUCUGCUUUGUCUGCUCGAAUGCUGCAGUCGAACCAACACGGCAAUAGGCAAGCUCAGUGAUGAACUUGCAUUGCUGCGUGACUUAAUUGUUGGCUACAUCAAUCGUCAUGGAAUCAUUGAUGAGAGCCCGCUGCAGUUCAGUGAUGCACAUACGAAGCUGGUCUGGACGCUCAAUUACAGCCUGAUCGAGUGGACGUCGAAAUUUGUGCCGCAAUGCCAUUUGCUGUCGAAUACGAUUAUUGCGGCCAAUAAUUUUCUGAAGAAGACACAGAAUGAGGAGCUCUAUCUGUGUGUGCUGCAUGGUCUCGAGCGCAUCGUUGUGCGAAGCGGCUGUUCGAGAGCAGCGCCUACUGCAGCGGAGGGCAGCGGAGCUGAAGCUGGCACUGGAGCUGUGGUCACACCGCAGUUGCGACAUAAAAUUGAAAAACUUGCGCUCGAAUUGCUGAAAAUGGAAAAUGAGAAAUUUUCAAUUCCAGCAUUGAAAUUGCUUUUGUCCUGCAUGUAUGUGGGUUCGUCGACUCAGCUGGAGAAUACGGAACUGUCGAAUGGCAUUGUGCAGGAUGAUCCAGAGAUAAUCGCGCUGCAAAGCGAUAAAGUCGAUAUACUUUUGCAUUGUAUUAAAUCAUCGAGUCGAGACGCUGCCUGGAUUUAUGGACAAGUGCUGUGCCAAAUUAUACGUGAUUUAGUGCCACCGAAUGAAAUAUUGACGAAGGUCAUAAAGGAGUUCCUGGCCAUAAAUCAGCCGCAUGGCGAUGUUAUUGCCAUGAUUGUGUAUCAGGUGUUUCGCUCGGCUAUUGACUCGUCGUUUCUGCAAAUGCUGCAGGACUGGCUGAUCUGCACGCUGCCAACGUUUUUGGCCCAGCCGGAGCAGCAAGGUGUCUGGGGUCUAAGCGUCAUCUUUUUAUCCGCUUCCAUAAAUCUGCAUUUGAUUAAACUAUUUCCGCUGGUGCUCGGCAGCGGAGCAUCUGCAUCUGGUUCCGCUCCGGCUGCCGUCGCCAGCCCCAGCCCCAGCCCCGGACACGGGCCCGCAACCACAUCCGCCUGCGGCAGCGUCUGGAUGCCACCGCGGAAAUUGGGUCAACACGAAAUUGCAUUGUUCGUGACAGCUGCACAAGAUUUCCAUGCGAAAUUGAGUGCCGAGCAGAAGUUGCGCUUUCGCGAGGCCUUCAGGAACUAUGAGCAGAGCCAGGUCUAUGCCUCCAUGUUGCAGCGCCUCUGAUAACGCUCAAAUCGGACUGGAGCCCCCAAGGAUUUUGCAGCGGAUUUAGCCGAAAAAUAAAUAAGUAAAAGACGCUGAAGAGGAGCAGGCAAACUUACGCCCAGGACAAGCGCAAGCGUGAAUAACUAAUUGCUCUGCUCUGCUCUGCUCUGCUCUGGUCGGCGCUUGCAAAGUUCAGACGGAUGUCCUCCGACUUCGCUGCUGCGUCGCUCUCCCUGGGAAAACUUCUUUAAUAGUUUGCGAAUUCAAAAUUAAUUUAUGGUUUACAUUAUGUGUAACUAAUAUUUAAAUUAUUUUCUCCCCUCCUCCAAACUUUAACGACCCGCAAUUAAUUUCUGAGUUGCAGCUCUCCCUCCCCCUCUCUCUGUCUAUCUCUAUCCAUCUUUGGCCUUUUAGAAAAUUGUGUUUUCUUAAAAAGUUUUGCAUUAGUAUGCAGCUUAAUCAAUUGUUAGUUAAUUUGAUAACAAAUUCCAUUAAGCUAAAAGUGUAACCAACGAUCAACUUAUUUCCGAGUGUUACUAAACAAAACUGUAUUGUUCCAAGUCUUUAAUCAUGUAUAUUUAAUAAAAGUCACUCUGUGAAAAUAUUUAAUGUCA